CCCCCCUCCCUCCCUUCCCUGCAGGUUUGCAAAGGCCCCCUUUUCUUCCUUUCUUUCUUCCUUUCUUCCUUUCUUGUCCUUUCUUUCUUUCUUUCCUUCCAGUAGAGCCGCAAGUCUUGGGGAACUGGGACAGGAGGACAAGCCCUGCUUGCUUUUCCUUUCUUUCCUUCUUGGAGGAUUUUUUUUCCCUGCCUCCUCUUGGAUUAGGAACUUUAAAAAGAAAGUUUCAAGGAUAUGGAUCAAAUGCAUGCAUGGCGGGGAUCCUAAAGCUCCGACGUCCUGGUACUACACAUCCCAUCCUCCUAGGCUCUCUUGGGAGAAAGGCGUCUUUCAUGACUAUGUGGCAACUGGACCUUGAGUGGCAUCCCUGGACCAUGCUCCUCGAGGACAAGAGAGCGUCCUGACUUCCACGCAUGGCGUCCACUUCAUGAGGCUUUGCACAAGGCAGAGCUGGCAUGGAAAACCACAGCAACAACCAUACCUGUUUGAUGGAUGAUUCCUUCAAGUACAACCUCUACGGAGCGGUCUACAGCGUGGUGUUCGUCCUGGGCUUGAUCACCAACUGUGCCUCGUUGUUUGUCUUCUGCUUUCGUAUUAACAUGCGGAGCGAGACCACUAUUUUUAUGACCAACCUGGCGGUCUCCGACCUGCUCUUUGUCUUCACUCUCCCCUUCAAGAUCUUCUACAACUUCAACCGACAUUGGCCGUUUGGAGACCCUUUGUGCAGGAUCUCCGGCACGGCCUUCUUGACCAACAUUUACGGGAGUAUGCUGUUCCUCACUUGCAUCAGCGUCGACCGCUUCCUUGCGAUCGUCUACCCGUUUCGAUCUCGUACUAUUCGGACGAGGCGGAAUUCAGCCAUUGUGUGCGCGGGGGUGUGGAUUCUGGUUCUCAGCGGAGGGAUCUCGGCGUCCUUGUUUUCCACCACCAACACCACCAACAAUAGCACCACGUGCUUUGAAGGCUUUUCCAAACGGAUAUGGAAGACCUACUUAUCCAAGAUUACAAUAUUUAUUGAAGUGGUCGGCUUCAUCAUUCCCCUCCUGCUCAACCUCACGUGUUCCUCUUUGGUCUUGAGGACUCUUCGGAAACCCGCCACCCUCUCGCAGAUUGGCACCAACAAAGAGAAGGUUCUCAAGAUGAUUAUAGUGCACGUGGCCAUUUUCGUGGUGUGUUUUGUGCCCUACAACUCCAUCCUUUUCCUGUACGCUCUCGUUCGUUCCCAGGCCAUUGCAAACUGUUCCUUGGAGAGAUUCGUGAGGACUUUCUACCCCAUCACCUUGUGCAUUGCCACCAUGAACUGCUGCUUUGACCCUUUCGUCUACUACUUCACAUCAGAGUCCUUCCAGAAGUCUUUCUAUAUAACUCCACACCUCAAAACGGAUUCCCUGUUCAAAACUGAAACUCCUUUAACAAAGAUUGGCCUGCCAGCCAUGCAGGAAGAGAUGAGCCACCGGGCCAUCACAAAUGGGGGAGAGGUGACAUCUGAAUCAAGUUUUUGAUCCCGGAGCUUUCUCUACCACCCAUAGGACUCCAUUCGGAACUCCAUUCAAAACCAUCCAAGAUGGGAACUGUACUGGAAACUGUGUAUAUGUGUGCAUAUAUGUGAACAUAUACACGAUGUAUGUAUAUGCACAGCCAGAUGUUUCUCUGGCCUUUUAAAAACUCAUCAUCCCAUUUUUAACUAGUAACAUGGUCCAUAUUUGCGUCUUGCUUUUAAAGCUACAAAAUAAUAAAAAUGUUUUACUGUA